UUUUCCUUCCUCGUUUGGCAGUCGGUGUUACGACAGUGAAAUGGCAUCUGCGGCACCGUUCGUUGCUCUUGUGACGGCCGUUGCGAUCAUUGCAAAUGUCUCGGGUCAUCCGCAGGUUAGCUCGUGGGAUACGAUUUUGGCGAGUCGGAUUGUUUUCGCCGUCGACACCUCCACGUCAAUGAUGAUGGAUGAUCUCCAUAUAAAAAUGAGACAAGCAAUCGAGAUUUGGACUAAAUACCUCUCGCCGAUUAACACUUCUAUAAGCAUUUCGCAACUUAAACAUAAAGAUGGUCUGCUGAUGAAAAACGUCGCCGGGGCGAAUCUCAAGUCGAUCUUGCCUGAAGAGGACUUUUUUGGCAACGCCUGUCUCUUUUGCGGGCUCAAGGAGGCAGCAAAAGUGCUGGAGGACUCGAGUGCUCAGGAUUUGGUGGUACUUUUGAUGGAGGAACGUGCAGACGACACUCCACAAGACACGCCACAAUUCGCUCUUCAAAGCGUGCAGCCGCGAUUCAGAAUCUUUUCCGUGGCUCUCACGGAAAAGGCCGAUCCUGAUUUGGAGGAAUUGUCAAAUGCCACGCACGGAGCGAGUGAUUACAUAAAAAUUCCUACUUUCGCUAGGCUUUUGAUGACAUUUGCAUCUCUACCGGUGGCAAAAGGCUACUCUAUUAUCACCACUAAAGAGUGCAGCGGUGACUAUGUUAACUGCCCCAUUGAGUUUGAGCUCAAUGAUAAUGCAGUUUCUCACAAAAGCGUGCUGGACGUAUUCAUUUGCCCAACGGGAAAUGCAUCAUUCUCGCUAGAUUACGAUUUGAUGAACGCAGAUCUAGACGAUGGUGACAGUGUGCAGUCUUUCAAUCCUGAAUUGGCCUCGGAAACUGGUUGUUGGGUCUACCAACAUGACACCCCUCACAGCGGAAUUUAUCAGUUAAAAUUGAAAUCUGAAAAUGCAUCACUCUCAGUCAUUGUCGUUCUUCAAAAUGAGCAUUACCACAAAUUGGAAUGCUAUACCUAUAACGCCAGUGGAGAAAUACACGUGAAAGCAAAAGUAGACCCUCCAAUUGAAGACGUGGAGCGGUUUGAUGUCUCGUACGUUAUUGAAGCUGGCGAUCAAAUCUUUGAGCCCAUUUCCAUGGAGGCUGAAGGGUUAGGAAUGUACUCGGCAUGCUUGAAGCCCACUGGCGAAAUUGGACGACAUGCUGUGUCUUGCAGGGCGUCCAAAUCUGGACUAACUUUGCUCACAUCUCAAGGACACUCAUUCAAAAUUCAAAGUUGGGAUGAAAACAGGGACUAUUGUAAAAAGUCAACGCCACCUCCAACUACCGAGGCCUUCACUUCCAGUGCGGCGCCGCCAGUGAUGGUCGUCAAGGAUGAAAAUUUGUGGUUACCGGAAGAACCGACCUCGACUGUUGAGGCUGCUACAGAAAAGAGCCAGGAAGAGUCGGAAGUGGAUGUUUUAGAGGAAAAGGGAAAUAUUUCCAGAGUCAUUUUGGAUUCACCUGCAAACGCUACUGAUGUGGAACAAGCAGGACCAAAAAUCAGUGGAGACAGCAUUCAAUUGAUUCUCUUUAUUGUUGGAGGAAUUAUUCUGGCCGAGGUUGUUUUUGUUCUUGUUCGUUGCCGCAGAAAAGCAAAUAGGAACGAGAGGGAAAGAACUCAAGUUGCAUACCCGGUUGAUCCGAAGAGUAAUCCUGAUCGUAUGUACCAUCGCGUCGGAAGUGUUGAAGCAGAGGAAACCGUGUGAGAGAUAAAUAAUGUUUUCAAGCAAAACUCACUCUGCCAACAAAUGCCAUUUUAUCGCUGCUAGUCUGUUACUUCUAUAGUUUAUAAAGCUCAACUGUGUUAAGUUAAUUUAAUUUAAUAAAGCCAAACAAAGUGUGUCAAUUUCUCUAUUAUUAUUUAUUGGUCCAACAAACGCAGAUUCAUUUUUUUAAUAUUCAGUCUGAGAUCUGCUGCUAGUUAAAUAUUGAAUGAUUUUAAAUGUUUCUCCUAAAUUGAUAUUUAAUUCAUAAAUAAAAUUUUCUUUUCAUUUUUA